CACACACUCCAGCUGGGCCCAGAGGGAAGGUGAGAGGGAGCGAAGGCGGGUGGUGGGGCAGGGGCCACUGAAGCGUAGCUCCUGCAGCCUGGUGAGCCUGUGCGCCAAGAGCUGCGGCUGGACCUGUCCCCUCUUCAAGUUAAGUCCGGGUUUGUAGUGAUCCCCGAGCAUCCUCCCUCUGGUGUGAGGGGUGUGGUGUCCACGCUGGUGUGUGGGCGCCCCUCCGCGGGCAGUGCACGGACCGCAGCCUGGCAGAGUAGCCAUGGCGGACGAGAAGACCUUCCGCAUCGGCUUCAUCGUGCUGGGGCUCUUCCUGCUGGCCCUUGGCUCGUUCCUCAUGAGCCACGACCGGCCCCAGAUUUACGGCACCUUCUACGCCAUGGGCAGCGUCAUGGUGAUCGGGGGCGUCAUCUGGAGCAUGUGCCAGUGCUACCCCAAGAUUGCCUUCAUCCCUGCUGACUCUGAAUUCCAAGGAAUUCUGUCCUCAAAGCCAACAGGCUUGCUGGAGAACAGAGUCACUGCUGAGAUGAAGAGCCCCCAGCCCCCCUACGCAAGGCUGUGGGAUGAAGCUGCCUAUGACCAGAGCCGGCCUGACCUCAGCCACAUCAGGAUGAAGGUCAUGGGCUACAGUGAAGAUCCCCGCCCCCUGCUGACCCCUGCCCAGGAACAGCAGCAGCCAGAAGCUAGUGACAGAGGGGACGGCAGCCCUCCUGAGGCUCAGACCUGGAUGGAGGCUGCUGUGGUCAUACACAGGGGCUUGGAUGAGGUCGGGGGAGAAGGAAACCCAGCUCAGAGAGGCCCCAGCCCCCCAGGGGGUCCCCAGGGCCCUGCACCCUUGGCUUCCUUCCAAGAUGACCUGGAUUUGGGCUCCAGUGAGGACAGCAGCCCCAACCUGUCUGCACCUGCCGGGGUGGAGCCCUGGGCCUUCAGGUGCCAACUGGACCGCUUCCAGGACUUUGAUCUGAUCGACGCCCCCACGUCGGAGGACGCGCAUCCAGAGGGGCCGGGGCAGGACACAGCCCUACCAAGCUACCAGCAGCGGUCCCUGAGGACAAGAGAGGAGGCUUCGAACACGGGUGUAGAGGAGCCAGAGCAGGAGGAAGAGGACUUGUACUAUGGGCUGCCGGAUAGCCCCGGGGACCCCCUCCCAGACAAAGAACUGGGCUUUGAGCCGGAUGCUCAGGGCUUGGAUGGAGCUGGCCCUGGGCACUAGCCCAGCACCAGCCACUAACCUUGUAUGAUUUCACAGGGCCUCAAUUUCACUAUCUGCAAAAUGGGGUUGUAUGGAGGUUCCGGUGAGACGGUGGAUCCCGGAGCACCUAGAGAACUGUAAAGAGACGCGCAGGGAAGGGAUGAUUACUCUCAACGGACCAUUGCCGUUCUAAUUGUUACCGUGGGGGUUAAAGCUUGAAGGUAAAAUGUACUUCAUUAAGGGGAUUUGCAGCAGCUGGGGCCCUCAAGAGCCUUCUCUGCCUCCCCCAAAAGUUGGCCUUGGAACAGGAGCCCUCCUCGGUGCUACACCUGGUUCUCUAACCUUCUAGGAAGGCCUCUCAGGGUCCCCGUUCCUGCUGAGCCCGAACGGGGUGUGACCUGUCUUCACCCAGAGCUAACUGCGUGCCCCUCCUGCGGCCUCCUGCUGCUCGGGGGUCCAAACCCUUCCAGGACU